UAUUUAUUGCCUUCAAAGUCAUGAAAAUCACAAUUAUUAUACUAGUAGUUUAUCAAAUGUCAAUUUUAACUGGACAAAGAGUAGGGGAACCUUGCAAUGGUGGAAUAUGUACACCUAUUGAGGAUUGUCCUUUAGCAUCUGUAGCAGGAUUCGACAACUACUGCGAUUAUUCUGCAUGCUGUCCUCAAAUUAAAAGGGCUUUCCGAAAUUCUCCAUCUGGCAGAGCAUGCAAAAAAUAUUCAAAUACUUAUUGUAAAGGAAGACCUCUUAUUACCAAUGGGAAUAUAACCGAGAAGUAUGAAUUUCCUUACAUGGUGCAAGUGGGAAUAAUUCAAGAGAAAUCAGUAAAUAUAUCCUUUGGAUGCGGUGGUACAUUAAUACAUGAAAGAUAUGUGCUAACUGCAGCCCAUUGCCUUCAGACGGUUGAACAGGGGCCAAUGUUCGUACGAUUGGGUGGCUACAAUACAACUGAUGGAGUCAUAAUUGAAGUGGAGAGCCGUAUAGAACAUCCCGAGCACAACACUACGCUUAAAAUAAAUGAUAUAGCCCUAUUAAAAUUGAAAACCAGGGUAGCCGUAUUUAAUAAUUCAAUUAUGCCAGCCUGUUUGGCUGACUCUUCUGGAAGUGAAUUAGCAUCAUUCACUGCAACUGGCUGGGGUCCUGCCGACGUACAAGGAACAAUUCCAACUGCUUUGCUCAAGAUCCAAUUAUAUCAAUUGGACCCCAAGGACUGUGAUAGACCAUUUGAACCCAUCAAUAAUACUGCACAUAUAUGUGCUGGAAAACGUAAUGAAACUGAAGUGGGGGAUGUUUGCAAUGCCGAUUCUGGUGGUCCACUGGCAAUAAUUCAUCCAAUCAGUUGCUUGGGUCAAGUCUUUGGAGUCGUUGGAAACGGUCUCGAAUGUACAGAGCCUCAGUCAACAACCAGACAUGCGAGAGUUUUUCACCACUUGGAAUGGAUUGAAAGUAUUGUUUGGGCGAAAAAGUAAUCAGACAGCUCAUGCAACUACAAUCGUUAGUUAAAAAGUCUCAUAAAUAUAUCUUAGCUAUUGUGUCUCAAUAAAAACAUCUUAUUCGAGGAGAAA